AUGCUGAAAAAGACUCUCUCAGCUAUGACCUGGCUCUGCAUUUUCAUCACGGCCUUUGUCAGCCACCCAGCGUGGCCACAGAAGCCCCCGAAGCGCAAGACACCCGCGCAGCUCAAGGCGGCCGCCUGCUGUGAGGAGGCGAAGGAGCUCAGGGCCCAGAUUGCCAAUCUGAGCAGUCUGCUGAGCGAACUGAGCGAGAAGCAGGAGAGGGACUGGGUCAGCGUGGUCAUGCAGGUGAUGGAGCUGGAGAGCAGCACCAAGCGCAUGGAGUCACGGCUCACAGACGCGGAGAGCAAGUACUCGGAAAUGAACAACCAGAUUGACAUUAUGCAGCUACAGGCAGCACAGACUGUCACCCAGACCUCGGCAGACGCCAUCUAUGACUGCUCGUCCCUCUACCAGAAGAACUACCGCAUCUCUGGGGUGUACAAGCUUCCUCCCGAUGACUUUCUGGGCAGCCCUGAGCUGGAGGUGUUCUGUGACAUGGAGACGUCAGGCGGCGGCUGGACCACCAUCCAGAGACGAAAGAGUGGCCUCGUCUCCUUCUUCCGGGACUGGAAGCAGUACAAGCAGGGCUUUGGCAGCAUCCGUGGGGACUUCUGGCUGGGCAACGAACACAUCCACCGGCUCUCCAGACGGCCAACCCGGCUGCGUGUGGAGAUGGAGGACUGGGAGGGCAACCUGCGCCACGCCGAGUACAGCCGCUUUGCUCUGGGCAACGAACUGAACAGCUACCGCCUCUUCCUGGGGAACUACAGCGGCAACGUGGGGAACGAUGCCCUCCUCUACCACAACAACACGGCCUUCAGCACCAAGGACAAGGACAACGACAACUGCCUGGACAAGUGUGCACAGCUCCGCAAAGGUGGGUACUGGUACAACUGCUGCACAGACUCCAACCUCAACGGGGUCUACUACCGCCUCGGGGACCACAACAAGCACCUGGACGGCAUCACGUGGUACGGCUGGCACGGCUCGAGCUACUCCCUCAGGCGCGUGGAGAUGAAAAUCCGCCCGGAAGACUUCCAGCCCUGA